AUGAUAAAUCGAACAUCCAUAAAUGUUGAGAAUGAAAAUGAAUAUGAUGAAAAUUGUAGUGUUGAGUAUGUAAAUUAAGAAUCAGAGUCUGAGAAUGAUGAAAAUAAUUAUAGUGAUUAUAAUGUAGAUUCUCCAUUGUCUCCAUGUUAUGAUAAUCUAUUAAAAGAAUAACAUCCCUUCUUACAAUGUUAAAGUAAAUUGAAACAAAUAAUUAGUAAUAAGAAAUAGUUUUAGAAAAUUAUUUAGAUCCAUUUUAUAAAAUAGGUUUUAAAGCUUUUUCUUAAGAUUGUUUUUUUGAAGAGAACAAGUAUUCUUCAGAAUUUAUUGAUCAUAUUAAAUUAUCAGAUUUUUAAACCUUUAGUUUUAAUGUUUUAAAGAAAAGUCCAUCAUUUUUCAGCACUAUCAAAACAUCCACUAUUUUAUAGUAUGAAAAAAAUUUAGACCUGAAAAAUUGUGUAUUGACUUUAAAUAAUGAUUAAAAUGAAAUAGUAAAAACUGCAUUAUUUCACAUUUUAUGUUUUACUAAAGAAAUAGAAUCUUUAAAUCAACCUAUAUUUCAUUGUAUAUAUAAUUUUAAAAAAUUUAAGUGUAAAAAGCUUUAGAAAUAAUCACUAAAUAGGAAUAAUCAAUAAAAGAUGAAAUUUAUAUGUAAAUUGUUAAAUAGAUUUCUAAUAAUAAAACAUAAAGUUUAAUCUAUUAUUAUCAAUUUAUGGCAGUUUAUGCUUCUGUUUCUUGUCCUAGUAAGGACUAUUUCAAACCUUUAAUAAAUUACUUUUAUAAAAAAAAAGAGAACAAUUCAUUACAUUAAAACUAUUGUAAUUUUAUUAUAAAUAGAUUAUAUCAUACUUUUAAUACUAAGAAUGGUAAUCAUAUAUUAAUUUUUUAGAUCUAUUAUAUCUCACUGAAUAAGAUAUAAAUAAAAUAAUGCAUAUGAAACCAUUAUUAUAUGAAAUUUAAUUAUAUCAUUUUGCAAAAUUUUAUAUGGAAAUGAAAGUUGAUUUAAAUUGUGGUGAUAUUUUAAAUUAUAUUUCUGAAUAGCUAAAUCUAAAUCAUCGAAAUUAAUUAUGUUUAUGUUUAAUAAAAAUAAGUAAAAAGAUUAAUGAAAUUUAUUUGAAUGAUAAUGAUUGUUUAUUCAAAAUAAUAAAAGAUCAUAUUCAAACUUACAAUAAAACAACUGAAAUAAUAAAUUAUCCACAACCUUCAUUUAAAUUAGUGAUUAAAUUAAUGAAAAUAUCAUCACCAUAUUAAAAUAUAGAAAUAUUUACUUUAGCAUAUAUGGUAGCAAUUCAAGAUUAUUUAAAUGAUGUAGAAUUUUAUAAUUUAUUAUAAGUUUUUCCCUUUAGAUGAAGAUGAAAUUGAGCAAAUUUGUUCACUUAAAUUAGCUGCUGAUUAUGGUCCAAAAAGACAUUUAAAAGCUGAAUAAAUUGACAUAAAUGAAUAUAUUCCACUUUUUAAAAAGAAUACAUUUGAUUCAAAUGAAAGGUUGAGUAAAAUUAUUUAAAAUUAUAAUUAAUAAAGAAUAAUAAAUUCAAGAGAUGCAAGAUAUAAGAUUUUAGAAAUAUUAGACCAAUUUCCUCGUUUUUUGGGAUCAACUUACAAAUGUUCACUAAAAGAGUUUAAUUAGAAAAGUAGUAUUCCGAAUAUAAAAAUUAUCUUAAAUAUAACUUUUAGAGGUUUAAUUUGUAGUCUUCCUUAAGAUUAAAGAGAAUAUAUAUGUCACAUAGAUUAUGAUUUGAUUAAUAACUAUGGGAAAGCAAAUAAUUAAACAUUACAUAUUGUAACAUUAGAUAAAUAAAUUUAUUUAACUUUUUCAACUCAUAUAGAAUGUGAAUAAGUUUAUUAAUUUAUUUUAAAGCAUGAAAGUUAGAUUUCAUCUAAUGAUUUCAAUUAUACAAAUCUAUCAUGA